GAGCAUUUUUAAUGCAUAAUAACCAAAAACUCAUUUCAGAUAUCGCCUUGUCUUCAAAAAAGAGAAACAAGAAGAUAUAAAGCAAAGACUUACUAUUGCAAAACAACCAUAUGAUUUUUUACCAGAGGAAAAACUUGAAGUUUCUUAUGAAGAAGUAUUUGUUCCUGGGACUGAACUUGAUAUGCCUAAACGACCUCCUUGGGAUUUUUCUUUGAGCAAAGAGCAAUUAGAAAUGCAAGAACAAAAAUAUUUCAGAGAAUAUGUAAAAAAUUUAGAAUUGAAAUUUGGAGAACAAGAACUUAGUCAUUUUGAAAUGAAUUUAGAAACCUGGCGUCAGUUAUGGAGAGUUAUAGAAUUUUCUGAUAUUGUUCUACAAGUGGCUGAUAUACGAUAUCCAGUAUAUCACUUUUCGCCUGCAUUAUAUGAUUAUGUGAUCAAGGAUUUGAAAAAAAGUAUGAUUUUGGUGCUGAAUAAGAUAGAUCUUGUCCCUGCUCCAUUGGUUUUGGCCUGGCAAGAAUAUUUCAAAAAACAUUUUCCUGCAUUAAAUGUUAUGUGCUUUGCAUCUUAUGCUGGAAUGAUCUUGAAAGAAGGGAAAAGUGGCCGACGACUCGGAAACUUACACAUGGCUAUUGCUGGAACUUGUCAACUUUUGAAAAUUUGUGAAGAUAUUGUUGGAGAUGCAGUAAAUCUAUCUACUUGGAAGAAAAAAAUUAACAAGGAAAGAGCUCAAAUCGGUGCUAGUGGUGAAUGCUACAUCGAUACCAAUUUGGAUAUAGAAAGUGAAGAGGAUAAAAAUAAUGACACGGAUAUAAAGCAGGAACCUAAUGACACAAGUUAUUAUGAGGGAGAAAGAUAUAAAGACAAUGUUCUUACAAUUGGUUUUGUUGGUCAUCCAAAUGUAGGGAAGUCUUCAUUUUUAAAUGCAGUUUGCGGUAAAAAGGUUGUUAGUGUUUCCAGAACUCCAGGACACACAAAGCAUUUCCAGACAAUUAUGUUAUGCAAAAAUGUGAGGUUAUGUGAUUGCCCAGGAUUAGUAUUUCCAUCUUUAGUUCCUAAACCUAUUCAGGUUCUAAUGGGCUGUUAUCCAAUAUCUCAGCUUCGUGAACCAUAUUCCGCUAUAGCUUAUUUAGGGGAGAGAGUGAAACUGGACGUAAUUCUGAAACUGACACAUCCCGAUUUCGAUCCAUCUAAGGACAGUAACGAUCUUAAAUGGUCAGCUUAUGAUAUUUGUGAAGCCUGGGCUAUAAAGCGUGGUUUUCGAACAGCUAAAACUGCAAGGCCUGACAUUUUUCGAGCAUCUAACAUAAUUUUAAGAAUGGCUUUGGAUGGUCGCACUAUCUGUUUAGCAUUUUAUCCUCCGAAUUAUACUGAAGAAAAAGAAAUGUGGUCCAAUCAUCCUAGUCUAAAAGAUAUCAUCGCAAUCCAAUCUCAUAGACAAAAAGAACCAUCCCGAGGAAUGCAUACUGCUGUUGAUAGGAUAUUCUCUAAAAGCUCCGAGGAGAUAGAUGACUACGAAGAUUCAGACUCCGAGGAAGAAGAUUCUAGGAACGACGAGGCCGACAGUGAAGAUAGCACGGAAGCUUCUGCAUCAGGCAAUAAGUUUGAUCUUUUAAAUGAAGAGGUGAACUGUUGAAUCAUAUUUCCAAUAAUUUCUGCUCAUUAUUACAUUUCUGUCUGUAAAAAAUCCUAUUUUCUUAUCAUGAUGGUAGACAUAUCUAGUCUAAGGAUAGAGCUUCUUCAGUAUUUAUUUCUUGCUUGUAUUGGCAAGGGAUAAUCAGAUGCAUUCAAGAGUAAUGUGGAAAUAUUUUAUGUAAAUAUUUAAAAAUAUUAAAUGUCUUGUUCCUAGUAAUAAUUAACCAUGCUGCCUUCCAUUAAAUACAUAUAUAUUUUGGUAGAAUCUUUGUCAAUUUUUCUUCAAGAAAAUUACUUCCAGUUUACUGUUAAUUAUGAAAUCUUUUUGAAUGUAAAUUUUAUUUUCAUAUUGUAACAUAUGUUUCAUUAUUUUAAUUUCUUACUGUAAUUUAAGAUGUAACAGCACGUAUUGAAAAUAUUAUUUUAAUUUAAAAUAUGUAAUAAAAGAAAAUAUUUUCUAUAUAAGUAUAACUUUUAGGUUUUUAUUUGUCAUUUUCAUUAUUUUAGUAUAGGCGAAUUAUUAUUUUUUGGUAGCUUUGUCUUGUAAAGUCUUUUCAGUUUUUCUAUUUCAAACUUCUUUGUGAAUAGAGAGCAUAUAAGGUAGAGUCCCCAUAACUUGAGUUGAUUGGGACCAACAAAGAUUACUGAAAAUUUUGUUUCUUAGAAGUUAGAUCCAUCUAAAAUGAUAUCCUAGGGACAUAUAUGAAGCACACAAGCUUGUAAAUACAUAGUAUAAGUAGGUAAUAUUUUAUGUGAAUUAAAGAUUACAAGAGAGCACAUGACACUUUUAUUUAAAGAAUAAGAUUUAUCACUUUUCACAACCAAACUUUAAUUCUCCAUGAAUAUAUUGCAUUGAUGGUUUUUUUUCCAAAUCUUUUUAAGCUAUUCAAUAUUUUCUUCUUAAAACUGAACUAUGUGUUUUGUCUAACAUUGCUAUAAGUUACAUAUGUUUUUGAUUAGAAGCUAACUAACUACAGUUAUGUUGCAAUUAGUAUAUACAUUAGUUUGCCAUCUUAUAAAUCCUGUUGUGCUAUAUUAUUUUGUCUUAUUAUUAGACCCGAUUGCAUUUAUAUUGCUGAAAAUUUUAAAAUAGCAAAUAAAUGAUAUUCAAUAAUUUAUUUAUUAAUUAUUUUAUCAUGACCUAUAAAAGGAAAAAAUUUUUUAAAAAAUGAAUAAAAUAAUCUCUUAUUUAUAAAAAAGAAUCAAAAUUUUAUCAAAUUUUAUUCCUGCGAUGAUUUUUAAUAAAAACUUAUGAAGUAGUGAUUAUAACACUGCAUUAUGCAAACAACAAUAAUAAUUCAAAAAUAAUUAGAAUCUAAAUUAGGGAUCAAUUAUGUUUAAAUUAACACAUUUAUGUAGCAAUUUUUAGACAGAUGUUAGUUUCUGUCAAUUUUAGUUUAGUGUUAUCAUUUCUUAAAACUAUACUAGAAUGUUUUCAGUACACUCUCAGUACCCAUACAUAAAUUUCAUAAAAAGGUGUUGCUAUUGUUUCCUUUUAGUACAAAUAAGUGAAUUACUCUUGAAUAUUGGUAUAGAUCUAAUAAUAAUGCACACAAUUUUAGUUAUUUGUUUUGAUCUGCCUAAUUGUGCAACCAAUGACUAUUUUCACACUGCAUAAUGAAUGAAUAAUACCUAUCCAUUUUGAUAUGACUUCGUCUAAUAUUGAAAAGCUGAUCUGUAGCAGAAUUAAAAGUAAAUUAAAUAUUGCAAACGAAAAUAAUUCAAUUUGGAGAGAGAGAACGAACGUGUCAUAUUUAUUUCAUGUCAUUGUAGUCUGUGAUUCCUAAAAUUCCAAAAUGAGAUGGUCUAUAAUUUUUCUCAUUAUUAAACUUUUGAAUAAGUGAAACUUUUUUAGGAGGGGGGGACUCCACUAUAAUAGCCUUUUAUGUUCCCAUAUUGUAAUUUUAUAUAAUGUUUAAUCAUAUUAAUUUCCUUUUGUAGUUUUUCUCCAAAAUGAGAUGAGGGGGGGACUCUACUAUAAUAGCCUUUUAUGUUCCCAUAUUGUAGUUUUAUAUAAUGUUUAAUCAUAUUAAUUUCCUUUUGUAGUUUUUCUCCCUAAAUAAUGUAUGCCUGUAAAUGUAUGUUAAUUGCUUAUUGGUGCCAUUGUUAAAAUGUUUAAUAUUUUAAAAUAUGUUGUUACUUUUACUGUUGCCUUAUAAAUGUUAAUCAAUUGUAAUUGAUGUCAUAAAUGUUCUAAUUUAAUUAUAUUCUGUCUCAGUUUCUCAGUAUGAUCAACUGAAAUAAGUGUUUGAUAUUAUUUCCUUUGUGCUAUACUUAAAUAUAUAUUUUUUUUAAACAAUCAAAAAAAAUUUAAAUUUUUCAAUAAGUUUCUAGACGUUUUGUGUCAUUGUAUAGUCCCAAUAAUUAGUAUUCAUAGAAUAUACUCAAAUUUUAUGAAAGUCAAUGAAUUUUUUUUUGUUUUUUUGUUAUUACAGCUGUCUAUUAUUAGUUUUUUCUAAUUGAGGUGAUUUGUAAUAUAUAUCUCAAAUUUGACUUAAUAAGUUCAGAAGGAAACUUAAAUUAUGUAAGCUAAUAAACUAAUUAUGAAAAUAAUAUUAACAUAUGAGAAAAUUUUUCACAUGUUACGGUGUUUGACGUCUGUGAUGAAACAUAAUGAGAAUUUUUGAAAUUUAUAUAAUUAGUUCUAUAAUUAACUUUAUUGCUAUAUAAACUAUAGGAUUAAAUCCAAAGCAAAGUUUUGAGAAUUUUUUAUAUUAAAACAUGCUUAUCUUUAAGCAAAAUUUAUUUUACUAAAUUCAAAUGUCAUCGACUCUUCCCAUAUUGAUGCAAAAUGUUAAGUUUAAUUCAAUAACAAUUAUAUGUUAGAUAAAAUAAAUAAUCUGAUUUUUUUUAAAUUAUUAUUUUAAAAGUGUGAUGCAAAGAGGAGAACAGUUGAAGAAUUGUAUGAGAGUAAGGCAAGCAAAUUGUUCGUUUGCAAGCUUAGAUUUAUUUUAGUGUUUUUAAUGUAGUUUUAUUCUUUUGAAGUAUUUUUACAAAGCAAAUUGUUAACAUACGACCACAGUUUCCACUUUAAUGUGGGAGUAAGAAAAAAAUUAUUUUCAAGUGAAAUUAAUACAGAAAAACCAUACUCUUACCCUGACAUGCACAGUGCCCUUAUGUAUGAAGUUCUCUGCAAUUGCUUAGUUAUAUAUUUUUUAUUAUAAUUAUAUGCAAUUUUUCAAUAUUGUUUAAAUGAUGUUGAGUGUUAAAAUCUAUUUUUCCCCCUAGCGUUUAAAUGAAUUGCGAUUUUACAUAAAUAUUUUAUAAUUUCUUUACUUUUUGUGUCCUUCAACUUAUUUUUACUUUGAAUUUAAUGCAUCUUUAUUUGUUUGACUUGCACCACAACUCCUUUUAAACUAUUGAAAGAAUAAACAUGAUUGUGUGUUAUUUCUUAUAGUUACGGUAUUAAAAUGCUUUUUGAUACAUUUAUUAUUAUAGAAUUCUCUCUCAUCAUAGUACAAUUUACCAUUUAACCAAAUAAAUAUUUGAAUAAAAAGAAAAUAAACAAGUGUAAUUAAAAAUAUGUUAGAGACACUUAAAUUGUAAAGUUUACACUCCCCAAAUUUACAGUAUUUGAAAUAUUAUAUUUAAGAGGACUCAGCCAUGAAUAGGGAGAAAGGAAACUUUGGACAUGAAUUGCUACAAGGGUGCAAUAGGAUUGUUUUCAAGUAUUGUUCAUCUCUGCAUAAAUUCAAUUUUGGUAUUUAUUGCAUUACAGUUAAAGAUAAAAUUACAUGUAAAUUAGACAAUUAUUGAACCAAAAAACUUACAAUCAAGCUUUAUUAUUUAUUUAUUUUUAGUUUUGUAAUACUGAGAUUUAUUUAUUUUAUUAUUGUAAAAAUAAAUAAAUAGUAUUUUAAAAAAUUAAUAAAUAAAUAAAAAUUAAAAAAGAGCAAAUAGCUUAAACGCUAAAAUUUAACUGCAAAAUUUGAGUGAUGUAUCUUACAGUUACACAAACUUAGAGUGAUGUAUAUUACAGUACACUUAAUUAAUAACAUCAGAUGAAUUAGUAAUUGAAUGCUAUAUAGAAUCCAAUGGAAAUUAUAUUUAUUAUUUUUUUGUAUGGGCUUUGUUAAUUUUAAAAGAAUUGGAUCGUUAACAAAAUUUUUUUAAAAAAGAAAGCAUAACUAAAGUUCUUAAUUUUUCUAUUUUUGCAAUUGUUUCCUAUAAAUAAUGUCGUUUUUAGUUUAUUUCAAUUUCUGCUUUGUUUUAGUAGUAGAAAUUUCUCACUGCUUUACUAUUUAUUAAAUGGUUAGCUAGCUUGUACUAAUAAUAAUUACCUACAUAUUAGUAGUAAUAAGAUAUAAAAACUCUUUUACACCACAUAAACAGAAAUUUUUAAAUAAUUCUAUAUCAUUCUUAGUUAGAAGUUUUCCACUGUAAGUCAUUCCAAACUACAUUCAAGGUUAUCUUUAUAGCUGAAUCAAAAUAAGGCAGUUAGAUUUUUUUUUAAGUGUUUUUUCUUCCUUUUUGUAAAUGAAAAAUAUGCCCACAUUUUAGUCAAGCAUUUUCACAUAUACCUGGCUUAAAUAUAAAUAUUAUAUUUUCAUGAUAUCGUGAAAAUACCUUAUAUAAUAGAAGUGCACAACCUGUAGCUAGGGACCAAAUGUGGCCUAUGAACAGUCAAUGUGUUGCCCACUACCUUCCUACUAAAAACAAAAUUGGGAAAAGCUACAUAAUUGAUGUACCAAGCAUUAUAAUGUUUUUCAAACUAAUUUCUAUAAAUGUUGAAAAAUGUUUAAAUUAUUACAUUAAAACUGAUGUAGAAGCUUUAUAUCUGAUUUUCAAUAAAUGUUGAAAAACUUUUAAAUUAUAACAUUAAAAUUGAUGUAAGAAACUUUAUUCUGUCCCUCUCUAGCGAAACCACAGCCCAGAAAACGGGCAAAAAAUCAGCAGGGAAAGAAGACCCUAUUAAACUCUACUCUAGUUUGACUCAGUGAAAUGACAUGAAGGGUGUAGUAUAAGUGGGAGACGUUCUCGGCCAUCGACAGUGAAAUUUUUUCAAUAAACGUUAAAAAGCAAAUUAAUUUCAAUAAACGUUGAACAACGUUUAUAUAACAUAAUUCCAACAUGUAACAACACUAACCAUAAAGAUUUAAAUCUUUUAACAUUUGAUUCUUUUAAAGCAAAUUUUCUUUUUUUAAAGCAUACAGAGUUUAAAAACUUAUUUAAAAAUUUAUAGAUGUAUAUUAUUUAUAGGCAGUAAAAAAAUAAUAAAAUUAAUUAUUCCAUGGGGAAAGUUGAAUGCCUGAUAUAUUUAGACAAAAUGUGCAAUUCUUUAAAGGUUUUUUCUUUAAUUUAAAAAAGAUUGUAACAUAUAUUUUGUUGUAAUUAUAAAGUUGAGUUGAUAUUGUUCUAAUAGGAAUACUUCUCAGUUGAUAUUAAAACUAAAUUCAUUGGGUUCUUGGAUCUCUAGUGGAAAAGGCUGUGCACUGCUAUUCACUAUUUAUCUUUUUAUGUGAUAUUUUGUCUGAAGUAAAACACAGCUAUGUAUUUUUAUUUGAUCAUUUCUUCUAUUUUCAUUGCAUUUGCCAUGUAUCAUUAUUUGUUUAAAUAUUGUGAUAAUCAUUAUUUAGCACAAGCUCCUUGUGAAUAAACUUAUCAAAUUUUACUGGA